CAGACUUAGCUCCUCCUCCUUUCUGCACACCUUCUUAUAAGCUCACCUGCAGCACCAGCACCUGCAUUCCUCUGGAUCCCAUCCUGACUCCCUCUGAACGUCCAGCCCCCCAUCAUGGCCUCCAGUCUGUCCGUGAAGAGUUUCUCCAUGAGCCGCCAGCCGUCCUUCUCCAGUCGUUCCCUGAUGGACAUUGGCCGCGCUCGCUCCCGCGCUUCAGUGUCCUUCGCGGCGGCCAGCCCGCUGGCCCGCUCUUCCUCCAUCGGCCAGGAUCUCAACGGGCCGACCGGCCUCCAGCUCAAUGGCCUGCACGGCAACAGCGCCAACGAUAAGGAAGCCAUGCAGAGUCUCAACUCCCGUCUGGCCAACUACCUGGACAAGGUGCGGUCACUGGAGCGCUCCAACGCAGACCUGGAGAUUAAGAUCAAGCAGCUGAUGCUCGAUCGAAUUCCCAAAGGUCACGACCUUGAUUCCAUGAUGGCUCAGGCUCACGCUGUUGAGCAAGAGGUGAGGAAGAAGACUCUGGAGAAUGCUCGUCUCAUGUUGGAGAUCGAUAACGCCAAACUGGCUGCUGAUGACUUCAGGAUCAAGUGGGAGACUGAGCUGGUCAUGUGUCAGUCUGUGGAGCGAGACUGCGUCGCUCUGAAAAAGGCCAAGACCGACCACGAGCAGAUCAUCGCCUCCCUGAGAGGAGACCUGGACAGCCUGAAAGAAGAACUUUACUUCCUGAAGAAAAACCACGAGGAGGAGCUGGAGCAGAUGAAGUCUCGUAUCGCCAGGGACGAGGUGAACGUGGAGGUGGACUCUGCCACCGGGCCAGAGCUGGGCACCAUUCUGUCUGACCUGCGUUCCCAGUACGAGGGCAUCGUGAAGAACAACAAGGAGCACGCGGAUCAGUGGUACCGCAAGAAGCUGGAGACGGUGCAGAUCGAGGUGAAGGAGAGCAACGAGGCUCUGAGAGGAGCCCAGAGCGAGCUGACUGAGAGGCAGCGCUUCCUGCAGACCCUGGAGGUGGAGCUGGAGAGUCUUCACAAACAGAUUGCAGCUCUGGAGGGAAACCUGGCUGAGACCUCUCACAAAUACUCUGGCGAGAUGGAGCGGCUGCAGGCCACCCUGAGCCAACUGGAGGAUGACCUCUCCCAGCUCAGGCUCGAAAUGCAGCGCACCAAGACCGACUACGAGCAGCUCCUCCGCAUCAAGCAGAACCUGGAGAUGGAGAUCGCCACGUACAGGCGCCUGCUGGAGGGAGAGGAAACAGUCAAAGAGCUUCCUCCUCCACCGAAAAAGGAGCCUGAUGUUCGCACCAGGAAGAUCGUGAAGGUGGUGACUCAGACGAUGAUCAACGGGAAAGUGGUGGAUGAAUCCAGCGAGGUGGAGCAGAUCGAGGAGACCAAGAAAUAGAAUAAACAACAGAAAGUAGCAGGAACGACAGAGAUCUGGAAAAAAAAAAUGUAGGUUUACAGAUGAGGCAUCUACAGAAAGAAUACUGUUUUGAAUAGGGAAUUUUAUGGAAUGCAUUACUCUACUAUGAAUGUUUUUGACAAAGAGGUUGUGACAGUAACAACCAAAGUGAUUUCUGGAGAAAGGUACAACUAUAAAUAAACAUGCUCCGUAUUACUCUAUCUCCUGUAGAGCUUUACAUGCCUAAAGUCUGAUUGGGAGAGAGGAACCAGCGCUACAUCUUCAUGCUGUUUCACUUAUAACAUGUUGUCUACUUACAAUAUAUUUAUUUCUUAGUGUGGUGAAGUUUACUAUAGUGAAUUUAAUACAAGAACAUCAUUUAAUCGUCUUUGCUGUUUCUGUGUUUGUACCAUGUCUGAAUAAAACGUUCCAUUAAUCCAUCA